AUGUCAUCGUCAACUGAAGAAUACAAACUUUAUUAUUUUGAUGCUCGAGGUCGUGCCGAAGCAAUUCGUUUGAUUUUUGUUCAUGCUGGUCAGAAAUUCGGAGAUGUUCGUUAUAGUUUUGAACAAUGGCCAAAAGCAAAAAGUGAAAUGCCUUUAGGCCAACUUCCUGUGCUAGAAUUAAAUGGUAAAAAAUUUCCUCAAUCACUUGCAAUUGCACGUUAUGUUGCUCGACAAUUCAACCUUGUUGGGAAAAAUGAUCUUGAAGCAAUGCAGUGCGAUAUUGUUGCUGAUACAAUGCAAGAACUUAAUAACGAUUAUUAUCGAAUAUGGUUUAAUACAGACGAUGAAAAGCUAAAACAAGCAGAGCAAACUAAAUUUAAAACUAAAACAGUACCAGAAAAAUUAACAGGGCUUGAAAAACUCAUAAAUACAUAUGGUAAUGGAGUAUGGGCUGUUGGUGAUAACGUAACAUGGGCUGACUUUGCCCAUGAUCAAGUAAAUGGUGAUCCUAUUCUUAUCCAAAUAUCUUGGACUAUACAUGACUAUAAUCUUCAUACUAUUCCAACUUUACAAGUUGUCACUAAUCCUCUUUUGUCUCGACAAUUUUCACCUGUUCACAAACAAAUCUUUGCUAGUCUGAAACAACUCAAUGCUGAAUAUGCUCGUUAUGCUGCUUGGUUUCCUUAUCCAAAAUUAGCUGUUGCUGAACUUGAUCCUCCAUCAGGUUUAUUUCAAUGUGGUAAUGUUGGUGAAGAUUUUUCAAUAAAUUUAUCAUGUGAACAAAAUGGAGGUGUGAUAAAUAAAGUUGAUUUUGCAUCAUAUGGAACAUCAAUUGGUGCAUGUGGUCAAAUGCAACAAGGAAAAUGUCAUGCAGCAAAUAGUUCACAAAUUAUUCAACGAGUGUGUAUCGGACAAAAAACAUGUAGUGUUCCAGCAACAAGUGAUCUCUUUGGUGAUCCAUGUCAAGGCACAACGAAACGGUUACUUAUUCAAAUUCAAUGUGAUCCACCACAAAAUAAUACUUACUAUAACUUUACUUAUCUUGAUACAAUGUUACAAGAUUUUCUUGAUGCUACUGAUGGUCAUUCACGCAUUAUUUCUUUCUGUACUCAACCAAAUUGGCUUUUCAAACAAGAUACACCUCAUAUCUAUCCUGAUAAUGCUACAUAUACAGAUUGGGGAUAUCCAGUUGGUACAGAAUUAGUUGAUGAUACUAUGCAAGCAUUAGGUGAUUAUUAUGGACGUCUCUUUGCAUGGUAUACUCGAGGUGGUUUUAUUGAUGAAUAUGGUCGAAAACACACAUCAAAUUAUGAAUAUGAUUGGGAUUAUAUAGAAAUAUUUAAUGAAGUUGAAUCAGAACACCGUAUGAAUGUUGAAUAUUAUACUCGAGCAUAUGAUGCAGUUAUUCAAGGUAUUCGAAGACAUACAAAUAACUACAAUAUGAAAUAUGUUGGAAUGGCAUUAGGAGGUCUGUUUGUUUUCUUUGGAUAUUCGAAGAUUAUUCUAAUCAAUAUAUUUGUUAUAGGACAUAAUGAAUUUGAUUGGUAUCGAUAUUUUCUUAAUCAUUCCAAUCAUGCACCCGAUAUACCCCUUGAUAUGAUCUCAUAUCAUUUUUAUGCAACUCCAAAUUCUCGAACAAAUCCAAAAGAUUAUGAAGCAUUUUUCAGUCAACUUGAUAGUUUUACAUUUGAAGUUGAACAGAUCGAAGAAAUUCGAAAAAUUCUUUCACCAGAAACAAGAACAACUAUUGAUGAAUUAGGAAUCAUUCUUCCUGACGAUAAUACACCAGGAGCACCACAAUUUCCUAUGAUAUAUUGGAAUGCUGCAGCUGCACUCUAUGCUUAUGCAUGGGCAAGAAUAUCUCGGCAAGGAAUCGAUGUUGUUGGUCAUAGUCAACUUGUUGGUUAUCCAGAACUACCGGAUCUUCAACUUCAACCACAAUUUCCAAGUGUUGCUUUGCUCAAUUGGACAACAGGUGAAGGAACAGCUAAAUAUUGGACAUCAAAACUUCUCAUCGAAACAGUUGAUAUUGAUAAUGAUCAAGCAGUUGUAACCGAGACAACUGAUGUUAGUGGAGAAAACAUCUUUAGUCAAGGAUUUAUUGGUAAAAAUGGUCGUCGAUGGGUUUUAAUAAUUAAUAAACGAUAUGUUGAUGUUGAUGUAUUUUUACCUGGAUGUACUGGUGGUCGAAUGCAAAUUGUAAAUGAAGCAUCAGGUUUUGGACCGGCGAGUGAAGUAACAUUAAUGUUGAGCAGAAUAACAUUAAGUCCAUUUGCUGUUGCUGUUGUUCAUAUGCCUUCUGCAGAUGUAGAAUAA